AUGCCACUAUCUACGUUUAAGACCAGAUUAGUAAAUAUAUUAUCCAAUACUCUCAAAGGUACAUCAAAAUUUGGGAUCGAGAAUAUUAGUGCUUUCCCACUUCGAGGGUAUCAUACAGAGAAAAAAUCAUAUAUACGUGUUAUUACUUGGAAUCAAUUUGACCGGUAUAAUGCGUUAAAGGCAGUUCGUGAAGUCGGUAUCUGUACAGCUUCUGAUGAUCUAACCCCAAUAUAUUAUUACCGCAAAGUAGCCUGUGAAAAAAGAUUACCUCUUUCAAGUUGGGCAACGUUAAGUAAUUAUUUCCACGAAUAUAUUCAAGGAGGUACUUAUCUCUUCCAAGUUUCUAUGAAUAAUUACAAUCCAACAAGUGAGGAUGAUUAUAAUAAUCUAUUAUUCUCCUUAGCACUUUCACAGGAUCGCACUCUAGUCCUUACAUGGGACAUAGAGACAUACAGUUCAUGA